CAAGCUCUAUUUCUUUUGCGUUUGUUCUCGUCGCUGCUCAAGCUCUCAAGCUUAGCUUUGCACAUUUCCGGCCCACCAUCAUGCCUGCCCUAAUGGCGAAGAAGGGACCCGCAGCCCCCGGUAAGGGCAAGAAGAAGGCUCAGACCUUCACCAUCGACUGCGGCAAGCCCGUCGAGGACAAGAUCAUGGACAUCGCCUCCUUCGAGAAGUUCCUCAACGACCGCAUCAAGGUGGACGGUAAGGCCGGAGUGCUCGGCAAUGCUAUUUCCAUCUCCCGCGACAAGAACAAGAUCAGCGUCAUCUCUGAGAGUUCUUUCUCCAAGCGAUACUUGAAGUACUUAACGAAGAAGUACUUGAAGAAGCACAAUGUGAGAGAUUGGCUCCGGGUAAUCGCGUCCAACAAGGACAGGAAUGUGUACGAGUUGCGGUACUUCAACAUCGCUGACCAGGAUGCCGAGGAGGAGGACUGAGUUUUGGGAUUUUAUAAUAUAUAGCCCUGCGACUCUAGCAAGUUUUCUUAUUGCUCAGUGGGACCAUUGUAUACAAAUUGUUCCCACAUAUUGAGAUUACAUGCAGUCCGAGUCUAUUCUUGUUUUGUUGUCCAUAACCUUUGAGUAUCAAUGUGAAAUGGCGGCUCCUGCGUGUUUGAUUAGUGAAUAUUUCGCGAACCGUUCUUGUUGGGAAUCGUUACCUCGACCUUCACCCUCAAGGCUCACUCUUUCUAACAGUGAGGCUCCUUUGAAGAAGACAAUUGGUAAUAGCAAACUACAGGAGUGGGGAUACUUGAGGGUACGUCUCUUCACCAAUAUUCCAUUGAAACAAGCCUAUACCAAUCAACAUACUUCUGAGUAUUCUCGGGCAAUGAACACUCGAACAUCACAAGGUCGGAUGAAUGUGAUGCUUUCGAAGAGCCAAUCCGAAGUCCAAUACUACAGGAAUCCUCAAAGCGCAGUGUUAGUUUGAUGUAUCUAAUUUCGUAAAAUAAUAACAGAAGUAGUUGAUAUGUAUGUAGUAAUUUUCAUUCAAUUUCAAGUACUGAUUGAAAGUAGGUCCCUCUUUUGUUGAAUAAUAAAUUACAAUAUAUGAGGUUGUUACCUGUUUCUUUUCCA